GCCGACGACAUGCCAUGCCAUGCCCAGUCACCGGUCAUGACCCGGUCACCGUGCCGGAAGGCUGAAAGCUGCCUGUCUUUCAUUGAAGAAAGCAAUGGCCGUGUGUAGCUUCAUGUGCUGGUACUAAUAUCGUUGACAUUCACUGCAUCCCAUGGCCCAAGCGAGGUGAACAAUUGGGAACCUGCUGCAAUACUGUAGAUCCAUUCUCUUUCUCAAAUCUGUAACGUUUUCAUUUGAGCACCCGUACCCUUCCACAGCAAUUAUUCAUUUUCAGAAUUAUAAAGUCGCAUGUUGGAAUUGAGCUCCGGAGGUGGCCAGCUGGGUUCGGCUGGUACAUGUAGUGGCUUGCUAGCUGGCUUUGAAAGUUUGAUGGAGUUUCCCAAUUGUAUAUUAUUGUAGUCAUCUCGAUGCGACCAGCGACACAGUCGUUUCUGUUGGCUUUGAAUACGACCGCGCUGCGGCCGCUACUGAGGUGGAGAGGGGCGGUAGAGAUCCUGUCAGGUGCGGUGUCGCAGGGAUUGCCAGCUGCCCGAUCUCUCCCGCUGCACGAGAAAAAACCGAGAGGUAGUUGUUGAGUGGCGUGCCAGCACCAGCAUUGUAGCUGACAGCAUGACGUACUCGCAGUGGUGGCGCUUGACGCAUGUCGUGUUCGGUGUGCUCGCCGCUUCUCUCCUGCUUGUGGCUCGUGCCGAGGCAGAGGCUGACGCAGCGCUCGCAGCAGAGCAGCACCAAGCCGCUGGCAGCCUGUCGGCUUCGGCGCAUUCGUCGUCGUCAUCGGCGCCUGCGUCACAAUGGGAUGUUCUGUGGCACUUCAUGCUCAACCUGGCCACGUAUGCGUCACUGCUUGCACCGGCCUACUUCGCGGUGCGCUGGUUAAAGGCCACGCCGCAUGUCAUGUAUGGAACGGCAAUCUGGUCGAAGCUUGUUCGUUCGUGCGUCCUGGGCAUUGAGGCAACACCAAGUGAUGUAUCGUCGUCACUUGAGGAGGGUGCGGGUAGUUCUGUGGGUACAUCGGCAGAUGCACUGCGUAGUUCUCGCAUUGCUGCGCUGAAGAAAUUUGAAGAUAGCAUUCCGCGCUCAGCGCGUCUGACUAUCUGCGCGCUUGGCUUGCAGAUAUCCUAUGUAACCUGGGGAGUACUGCAGGAGCGCAUUAUGACGCGGUCGUAUGGUGGCGGCGAUGCUGAGGGCAGCGAUGGGCGCGAAGAGCGCUUCACCAACUCUCAGUUCCUGGUAUUGGUCAAUCGUCUCCUGGCGUUCGUUGUGGCUUGUGCAGCAGUGGCUGUAAUUCCUCACCCUCCUCAUGCCACACCGCUCUACAAAUACUCGUUCUGCUCGAUUUCCAACGUCCUGUCAAGCUGGUGUCAGUACGAAGCUCUCAAGUUUGUUAGCUUUCCAACGCAGGUCGUGUUCAAGUCGUGCAAGGUGAUUCCCGUCAUGCUGAUGGGUAAGGUCGUGUCGCGUCGCUCCUACGCCUGGUACGAGUAUGGCAUUGCCGUUCUCAUCUCCGUCGGCGUCAGUAUCUUUCUGCUGGCGGAUACCGGCGGCAUGGGACGGGCUGGCAAGGCCGCUGCCGCCACCACAUUCGCAGGUGUGGUGAUCCUGUCUGGCUACCUGACCUUCGACAGCUUCACCAGCAACUGGCAGAAGAAUCUAUUCGACACGUACAAGAUCUCGCCGUUACAGAUGAUGAUGGGCGUCAAUCUGUUCAGCUGCCUCUUCACGCUGGCCAGUCUCCUGCAGCAGGGGCAGCUGAUGCCGGCACUCGCCUUUCUGCAGCGCCACCCGGAGGCCAUGUACAACAUCACGCUGCUCUCCGUCUUCUCCGCCAUCGGUCAGCUGUUCAUCUACUACACUGUUAGAACGUUUGGUCCGCUGACCUUCACCAUCAUAAUGACCACACGCCAACUGAUCAGCAUCAUCAUCAGCUGCCUGCUCUACAGCCACGUCAUAACAUUCGGCAGCAUGUUCGGCGCGUUCGUCGCCUUCUCCGCCGUCUUCUCGCAGGCGUACAUCAAGAGUCGUUCCGGCGCGCCGCUGGCCAGGAAGAAACCGACGCAGGGCGAUGCUCAGUCGUCUUCGCCGUCGGCUGCUAAGUCAGCCGCAUCGAUUUGAUGCUGUUUCUGGCCAACUCGUGUGUCUGUUUGCUUGACAACUGAUAUUAUGCAUGUGUGUGUUGUUGGUGGGUGAAGGAAUUUGUUCUGCGUUAUAUUUGCGUGCUGUUGGGUCCUCUUCUACCUGCAGAUUUGAGUGUGCGUGAGUGCAUGUGUGUGUGUGUGUGUGUGUGUGUGUGUGUGUGUGUGUGUUUGCGUGCGCGCGUGAGUGCGCUAUGUGUGUUCUCUUCUUAACUUAGUGCAAUUUGAGCCGGGUCCUAUCACCUUUGCCAUCGUCUGUCGUUCGUUACGCUGCUAGUGCCUGUGUGCAUUCACGUGAACGUCUGCACUUUUCCAAACAUCCUUUGAGAUUUUUAUGGUGUAUUUUUUUUAAUUUUAAUACUUUUAUUAACACAUUUUAGUUCAAACUCCACCACAUGCGCUCACUUUUUCGUAUGUCUUUUUUUAUCCAGUCUUGAUUUUGCCUUUUAGUGGCCUUGAAGCCCUCCCCUGUGAUCCGGACAUAACACACUGUGCACUUCAUGUCAAGGAGUAGUAAAACACCGGUAGUUUAAUACUCUCUGCUUCAAACACAUGUACGCGCUGAGCACAUCACGAUAAUAAUUAUUAUUCUUUUUGACUGCCCCAUGGCCCAUGCUGCUCCGAUAGCGCUUUGUCAUCAAGUGACAAUUUCUUACCAUUGGUCUCACUGUUCCUAACUUA